AUGUCCACCAAUUCGUUCAAAAUCGAAUCGUCAAGCUUGUUUAGUCUGCUCAAUCAACUUGGCCAGCAGUUGAGACUGGAGUCUGAAACCGGCUUUGUGGUCAGAGUCGGUAAGAACGUAAAAGAUGUCGCUGAUGAUUGGGAAGUAGAAGUUCUUGUAGAAUCCAAGAGCAAACGAGUUGGAUCCCAAGUCUUCAAUGUUUUUCAACAACUCAACACAAAGAGUCAGACCAGUGUUCUCGACCUCUCUGUUGUUGUGCUUGAAAGCCCACAGAAUCGCAUCGAUAAACGAUUGGAACGCCUCUGGUGGGAAUUGAACAAGAGCAUUGAAUCCCUUCAGAUCGAUCUCUCUCAGCAACUUGUAAAACUCAACUCUAUGUUCUGGAUACUCGGUGAAAUCCUUAUUGAUCAUGUUCAAAGUAACCUCAAAAACGUUAGCAAGGAUAAGAACAAUCUCGUCAGGACCCAAUGGCGUGCAAACAGCCACAUUGGUCUUGAUGAUGUUGGCAAUAAUUUUGACAAUGUCAGAGUUGGACAACAGUUGAGGAUCUUCGCCAGCCUGUUGAACAACGGUUCUCCAUGCAACGUUCGGAAGAUUCAUCAGGUCAGACAAAAGCUUGUUUCUGGUUUGAGUAGAGUUUUGUGCGGAUAUUAUGGUUCCACAAGCCUCGUAAAACGUGUGAACUUGUUGGGGUUGAAGGUCAGAGGUAGUCUCCUGGAUGUUUCGGAUGAUUUCAUCAAUGAAAGGUCCCGUCUCACCUUGUUGUUGAACAACAAAGUGACGCUUGCACUUUUGAGUGAUCUUGAUAAAAGUGUCACAUGCCAUAUCUUGAACUCCUUCGUGGGUUUCAUGCAUAAAUUCAAACAACUUAUUGACAACAGUCUUCAAGAACUUCCAGUGAGCUUUCAGGAAUCUUGGGUAUUGUCCAACAAUGUACAUGAUGUUGGAUGCCACAACUGCCUUGUUAUCCUUACCCCGUUUCAUUUCGGUCAACGACAGCAAAUCUUUAAUAACUGUAACCAAGAAUCUUUUCUCUCUCUCUUCGUCCAUAGAACCAGAGAUCGAACCGAUUGCCCAACACAAAGUGUUGAUAUUAUGCCAAGACCAUUCCGAACCAUCGAUUUGGCUAGCAAGCUUGGCAGACAUGAUUGCUUCUGUGUCAUUGAUAUCCAGGUGAGUAAGGUAAACCAAAACCUCUCUCAUAGACUUGUACAGCUGAAUGGUGUCACUUUCCUUGACAAACUCUCUCACAAUUUCUCCUUCAUCAUUUUCAACAACCAACACCUCUUCUGGUCUGACCAUGUUUUCGAUCAUCACAACUCUUAA